AAUAAACAUGGCUAAUAGCAACCUCAGAUCAAUCCCAAAAAUGGUUCCGGUCGUGUGCAUGUUCACCAUCAUCUCACUGUUUCUUUCUUUCCCGGUUAUAGCUGACGAAAUUUCAGCAAAGAUUAGCUUAGAAACUUACAUUGUCCGCGUAAACUCGCCGAAAGGCGGAGUUUUGGCUGAUUCCGAUGAACAGAAGAGCUGGUACCAGUCCUUCUUGCCGCAGGCCGAGGCGGGUUCCGACCGAUUGGUUCACUCAUAUCGCCACGUGGCUAGCGGCUUCGCGGCGAAGCUCUCGCCGGAAGAAGUGAAAGAAAUGGAGAAAAUUGAUGGCUUUGUUUCUGCAAGGCCUCAGAAAAGGUUUUCUCUGCACACAACUCACAGUCCUAAUUUCUUGGGGCUGAACAUGAACUUGGGCGUUUGGAACGCCACAAACUAUGGUGAAGGUGUGAUUAUCGGAGUUUUGGACACCGGAAUUACUCCAGGCCACCCCUCUUUUGAUGGCGCGGAUAUGCCCCCGCCGCCUGCAAAGUGGAAGGGCAAGUGCGAAUUCAACGGCACCGCGUGCAACAAUAAGCUCAUCGGCGCCAGGAAUUUCAUCAGCGGCACUUCAGGGCCGCCUGUCGAUGAUGAAGGCCACGGCACUCACACCGCAAGCACGGCCGCCGGAAACUUUGUCUCCGGAGCCAGCAUUUUCGGGAUGGCUAACGGCACGGCGGUAGGCAUAGCGCCGCGAGCCCAUCUGGCCAUGUACAAAGUUUGCGCCCCCGAUGGAUGUGCCGAGACUGACAUACUGGCGGCAAUGGACGCCGCUAUUGAUGACGGUGUCGACGUGCUUUCUCUUUCUCUCGGUGGAGCUUCAGUUGAUUUCUACGCCGACGGUAUUGCUAUCGGCGCUUUCGCAGCUACUCAAAAGGGGAUUUUGGUGAGCGCUUCGGCCGGGAAUGACGGGCCGAUCAGCUCUACAUUGGCGAACGAAGCUCCAUGGAUUCUCACAGUUGGUGCUAGCACCAUCGACAGAAACAUAGUGGCUACGGCGGUGCUAGGAAACUCGGCUAAAUACGACGGCGAGUCACUCUUUCAGCCUAGCGAUUUCCCAUCCGAUAAAUUCCUGCCUCUGAUCGACGCUGGGGCCAGCGGCAAUGAGACCGCCGCGCUGUGCGGGCCCGGCGCGCUAGCGAACCUGGACGUGAAAGGCAAGGUCGUGCUCUGUCAGAGAGGCGGCGGGAUCGCGCGGAUCGACAAGGGGCAGACCGUAAAGGACGCCGGCGGCGCUGCCAUGAUUCUGAUGAACGACGAGCUAAAUGCCUACAGCACCAUAGCCGAUCCCCACGUCCUCCCGCCACACGUGAGCUUCGACGCCGGCGACAAGAUCCGAUCAUACGCGAACUCAACGUCGUCCCCCACGGCUACCAUCGCCUUCAAAGGAACCGUGAUCGGGAACCCGCUGGCCCCCGCGUUGUCGUCCUUCUCCUCGCGAGGGCCGAGUUUGGCCAGCCCGGGGAUCCUGAAGCCCGACAUCAUCGGCCCCGGCGUCAGCAUCCUCGCGGCGUGGCCGGUGUCCGUCGACAACUACACGAACGAGGCAGCGCCCUUCAACAUGAUCUCGGGCACCUCGAUGUCGUGCCCGCACCUCAGCGGCGUGGCGGCGCUGCUCAAGAGCGCGCACCCCGACUGGUCCCCCGCCGCGAUCAAAUCCGCAAUCAUGACAACCGCCACGCAGUCCAACCUAGGCGGCAAGCCCAUAGUCGACCAGACGAACCUCCCCGCCGACAUCUUCGCCACAGGCGCGGGCCACGUGAACCCGCGGAGCGCGAACGAUCCGGGGCUUGUCUACGACCUGAAGCCGGAAGACUACAUUCCAUACCUGUGCGGUCUGAACUACACGGACGAGGAGGUGCAGGCGAUCGUGCAGCAGGCGGUCUCCUGCGCGAACGUGACGAGCAUAAGCCAAGGGCAGCUGAACUACCCGUCGUUGGUGGUGGAGCUUCUCACUGAUUCUGCGUCGGCGACGUUCACGAGAACGGUGAAGAAUGUGGGAGAGGCGAACUCGAGAUAUGAGGGUGUGAUCGAUUUUCACGGCCCUCUACCAAUCGGCAUAAGCACGGACGCUGAACUUUUGUUUGCGGAAGUGAAUCAAACAAAGACGUAUCAGAUUAGCUUCUUCAGACAUGGCGCUACCAAUCUCACCUACGGUCAAGGAUCACUGAUUUGGCAGUCGACGAAGCGCGCUGUUAGAAUCCCGAUUUCCAUCAAAUUUGCGUGAUCACAAGUGUCUUUUUUUCUUUAUCACGUGCUACAAUUAAGUACAGUGGUGAUAACAUCAUUGUCAUUGUGCGUGUUCAUAGAUCAGACAAUAAAAUGAUUUGAAGUGGGUCAAAAAACCAAAUAACUGGCCUUCAUAAUAUUUCCUCUUUUCUUUGUUUUUUGGGUUGUUUUUGUCAUUCCGUGGCGGCAAAAGAAGAUUAAUGUGCAAUUUGAUGGUUUCAA